AUGGAGAAAGACCAAGUCCCUGUGGAAGCUUCAAAACCCGAGAUUGCCCAAAGGGAAGUGCAAACCUCACGCGGUGAAGUAUUCCAAGAAUCUAUGGAGAUAGAGAUUAGCCCACAGAAAGAGGGUUGCCACUUGGACAUUGACAUGGAGGCGCCCAUUACAGUAGAUCAGAUCAAGCAAUCAGACGGUCUUGGAGCUAUGGAUGAUAUCACGGGCUUCCUCCCGGCUGCAAUUGAUUCCUCGGAUUAUGAAUCAGUUCUUCGCAAUGCCCGUGAAUUUGAAGGCCUCCCAACAGAGAUCUCCAGGGCGGGCCUUGGCUGGGAAGAACCCAAGUGA